AUGCCAUUCGCAAUUCAGGGCUGGAAACUGUUGGCGAUGGCGAUUCCACUUUUCGUCCCGACGCAAUACUCUCUUCUUUGGUUACUCAAAAAGCACGUCGCUCGAUGGUGUAUGAAGACAGGUGAUGAGUCGAAUAUGGCCGAGUAUUGUCAGCGAGCGCUUGAACGGGUUCUGCGAGUGGGAUGCCGAGAAGCUGGCCCAAGUCGACUUGAGACCACUUCGGUUCUCACCAGAGAUCCAACCAGUACCAAGUUCCCUCAUUCGAUCUCGGUUCGACUGCCAAACGGACAGUAUCAG